AGUGGGAUGGGGGGGAAGAGAGCCGCCAUGUUGGAAGAUGCGGGUGCCUCCAAAGGGGACAUACGGCAGAAGGUGUGGGAUUACUUGGAGACCAGCGGCCUGGCUGAGUUCCCCCGGCCUGUGCAUCACCGCAUCCCUAAUUUCAAGGGUGCCCCUCAUGCUGCGACGAGGCUUCUGGGUUUAGAGGAGUUCAAAGCUGCCAAUACUGUAAAAAUAAAUCCUGAUGCUCCCCAGAAGAACGCUCGCUUUCUAACCCUGGAAGCAAGGAAGACUUUAUUGGUUCCGACACCACGUCUGAGGAGUGGGCUGUUCAAUAAGAUUGUUCCACCUCCAGGUGCAACUAAGGAGGUGCUGCGGAUAUGUGCUACAUCUCAGGGCAUAAAAGAGUACAGUGUGCCUGUAGGUCUUGAUGGGAAAGCACGAGUGGACUUGGUUGUUGUAGGAUCAGUGGCUGUGUCUGAAAAAGGCUGGAGAAUUGGAAAAGGAGAAGGUUAUGCAGACAUGGAAUACGCAAUGAUGGUGUCGAUGGGAGCAGUGAUGGAGGACACACCUGUGAUUACUAUCGUGCACGACUGCCAAGUAGUUGACAUAGCAGAAGAGCUCCUUGGUGAUCACGAUUUAACCGUUGAUUAUAUACUCACACCCACGAGAACUAUCAAGACUAACUGCAAACGACCAAAGCCAUGUGGAAUACUAUGGCAUAAGGUCAGCUAUGAGAUGCUGGGAAAAAUCCCCAUCCUUAAGAGUCUUCGGUACAAAGAGAAGCAGGCGGGCAAGGAUGUUACCCUCCAAGAUGAACAACCAGACUUGGCAGAUGCCAGCAAGUCAGCGGCGUUAAAUGAGAAGGCAGUGGCUGGAAAUACAAGACCGCAGGUUUCAAUGGGCUCAGCUCAAACAGGACAACAGUAUGUUGAAAGUGAUUCUUUAAGUCCCAGAUUAGAGGGAUCUGGCGUGAUUACUACUGUGUAUGUGGGGAACAUACCUCCCAACCUAAGAGUGAGCGAGCUGAAAUGUGCUUUAAGGGAAUUCCAUGCAGCUCCUUUACGAGUGAAUUGGCAGGGAGCACAGCACAGGGCUUUUCUCGAUUACAAGGAUAAAGCAGCCGCAGAGAGUGCUGUAUCCUCUUUGAAAGGCUUGAGCCUCGGGGGUAAUACUUUGCGAGUUGAGCUGGCUAAGAAUCAGAGAAACAAAGAGCAAGUAGAAAUCAAUAGGCAGAAAUGAAUAUGAAUAGGGGAAAGAGGAAGAAAAAACCAAACAGGCGUGUUUGUAUUGUUUUGCAAGAGGCAGACCUAAGUUUUCAAGGUUAUUAGUAUAUGCUGUGAUCUCCACAGGCUAAACAACUGAAGGCAAAGCCAUAUAUUCAAAUGAAUGAGGCGUACAUCUCAUAGAUGACUUGCCUGCCUCAUUCUUGCAGUGGUGUGUGUGCAAAGUGUAUCUGUCGAGAUAGAUGACAGAGGAACCAUUUCUCUAAAUGGUUAUCCACAAAGUAACCACACUCUGUGUAUUUGUUUUUCGUUGGCCUCGGGGUGAUUUUGCUUUUCAUUGUACAUCUGUUAGGCCUGGAUCAAAAAACUUACCCUUUGGUAGCUGCGUGCAGCCCCACAUGGAGGGAGGUGGUUGUAUUCUGUCAUCUGCAGAUUGUACCUGCAGAUUUGUACUUGUGAGAUCUAAAGCCAGCUGCAAAAAAUCUGUCUUAGGGUUUGCACUUAUGUUUACUAAGAAAGAGGGUUUUCCUCUUGGGAAUUUUCAGUAUAUUUUUCAUUAAAACGGAGGAGGAGGGCUUGACAAUUCUUGUGCUCUUAAAGACCUGCUGUAAAAACACUGUCUCGGCCAUUGAGUUCAUCGUAGCUAUUAGGAUCAGGUGGACAGGCAGGUAGCUUCCAUCUCAGGUUUGAUUUCUUGAUUCAGCCCUGUGUAUAAACAUCAGUCUGGGAGAGGAAAGUAGAUAUAAGCUUUCUCCCUACACCCUUCAGAUGCCUUUUUCAUGGAUGUAGAUGGUUAUAAAACAUGCUUUUCUUGAUUGUCUUGUUUCUUAUAACGUGGUGUAAUUCCAUUACCUCUGUGAAAUUACAUUAAUAGCUAAUCAUUUUAGUGGAAAUAAAAAGCAGCCCAAACUAUGGUCAAAACCUGUUGGCUUUUAUUAUAUAUAUGCGUAUUUUUUUCUUCGGUUCCCUAUUCCUGAAAAACAAGUUAAAUUUUGGCUGAACCAUCCUUUCUAAACAGGAGCACUUUUGCCAUUGAUGCUGGGCACGUAGUCAAAGUAAGCAUCCAAAUUGAUAUUUCUUAAACUUGGAAACUUUUUUUCUUAGCCAGAGGGUACCGUUAUGUGUAUUUUAAGCAUGUUAUUAUGCCUCAGGGGUCAGACAUUUUGUACAGCAUUCAACAAAAUCUCAGUGUUAUCAUGUGCUCUGUGCAGAUGGUCUCAAGGAAAGCAUUGCUCCAACUUCUUGUAAGGUCAGCAGAGGAGAAGUUUGUGAAGGAAUAGCGCUGUGCUCUUAAAUGCUCUCUUUUCCUCCAGCUCAAGAUUAUUUUUGGUAUCACUUAGUCUGAAAUCAAAUGUAAUCACUACAGAGGCCCCUGCAUCUUGUUUCAGUAUUUGUGUGCUUCAUGGAUAAGAGUCAGGAGUUGUGCUACUACUUAAAGACACUCGUUACAUCACUGGCUUAGAAAGCAGAGGAAAGAGAAGCAGUAAAUAAUCAUACAUCGCUGCCAACUUCAGUCAUCUCAAAAGUCUUUGUGUGUAUCACAGAUUGAAGUAGUUUUCCCUGGUCACACGUAUGGGAAAUUCAUCUCCUGCCUUAUUUCCUCUUAUUAACAACCAAAGUUUUGACGCAGAUGAGAAUAAGCACUGUUCACCACUUAGGGUUUUAUUAGGGAAAAAUAAUAUUGUUGUGUUUAUUUGCUUUCAAAUAAGGCAAGCAAGUCAAAUGAAAUGUAUAAGUGACAAGUGCUUUGUAUUCAUACCUGAAGGCACUCCUAACAGUUCUUUUAUGCUAACCUUGGUCAUCAGUUUUUUGUUUGCUGGGAUCCACACCACACAGCUCAGUGUCAGUACUUCCAAAAGUAAUGAAACAGAAGAAAUCAUAAUGGUUUUCUCCGUAUUUUAAUAGCAAAAGCUCAUAUGUUGGGGGUGUUAGAUGUCUUUGCUUUCCUCUUCACACUGUGUGCACUCUGUAGUUGUUUUCUGGCCUCUCACUUUUUUGAAUGCAGUUCCAAACCACACUACUGGAAAGGUGUUAACUAGGCAUGUAAUUGUAGAUAGGCUCUGAGAAGAAAAGUAAUUACUAUAAGCUUAAGCUAAUGGACUGUUAGAAUUUUGAAUGGGCUGGAAUAAUGUUAAUGCAAUGAUAAUUUCCAAGUCAAGCAGUCAUUUUUGGUCCAGGUUGUUAAUAAAUUGCAAGAUCAUUCAGGCAUCAGCAAA